UGUGCAAUGGCGAUCAUUAUCAAGUCACCAGAUAAGAAACUGUCCUCUCUGAAUGUUACUACAAAGGGGAUAUCCAUUUUCAGGUUAAUUUGUUCAGCUACCGCAUGGUCAGAUUAUCAUAGUCAUCGUCAUCAAGCUAAAUUUGCAAAUAGCUCACAGCGUUCAAUGUUCAAACGCGCACACAAAAUUUACUUACAAGUUAUGUACAAUCUGGAGCGUGUAUUAUAAAACGUUCUGCGUUCAACAUAAUUUUAUUAAUAGCCAAAGAUAGGCGAAGAAAAAGUUCAUUGAAAAAAUUUUGUUUAUAUUAUUUUCAUGACCAUUUAUAUUAUUUUCAAAAGCAUUGCGACGAGUCGAUUCUAGCUUCGUAUAUUUAACCAACAGCGCAAUGAAUUCUUCGAUAUUCCGAACUCUUCGUCUCGGUCAAUCGUCGGCUAUUCGUCACUCGAGUCCGAGCAGAGUAGCCCAUAGCAGAUCGCUGAGUGCGACCGCCUUCAGAAAUGCUUCCACAAGAAAAGUAGUCGCAGUUUUAAUCUCUGGAACUGUGGCUGGAGGUGUGACCUUGUAUUACUUAGGAAAACCCACUCUCCUAGCCGAAAGUGCAUCUAAGCAUAACUACAAUCUGCCCGAAAUAAAGAAAGAGUUACCAUCGCGUGCUGAGAUGAUCGGUAACCUGAAGACAAGGGACUUCGAUGUGUUGAUUGUGGGUGGUGGGGCGUCUGGGGCAGGGGUUGCACUUGAUGCAGUAACAAGGGGACUGGAGACGGGACUGAUAGAAUGUGACGACUACGCGGCAGGCACCUCCAGCCGAUCAACCAAACUAAUACACGGAGGAGUGCGAUAUCUGCAGAAGGCUAUCUUCAACUUAGACACCGAACAGUACCGGAUGGUGAAGGAGGCCCUGCAUGAGAGACGCAAUCUGCUGGAAAUAGCCCCUCACUUGACCACAGCACUGCCCAUCUUACUACCCGUCUACAAAUACUGGCAGAUACCCUACUACUACGCAGGAAUCAAGGCCUAUGACUUGGUCAGUGGGUCCAAGAUCUUAAAGCCCAGCUACAUCCUCUUCAAGAACAGGACCCUGGAUGUCUUUCCUAUGCUAAAAAAGGAUAAGCUCAAGUGCGGCAUCGUAUACUACGACGGCCAGCAGAAUGAUGCUCGAAUGAAUCUGUCUCUGAUAGUAACAGCUAUUAGGUAUGGAACGCAGUGUGCCAACCACGCUAAGGUCACCCAACUCCUCAAGGACGAACAGGGAAAGGUCAGCGGGGCUGUUUGCAAGGACCUACUCACAGGAGAGGUAUUCAAAGUGAAGGCGAAGUGUGUGGUGAAUGCGACUGGGCCCUUCACUGACAGCAUCCGCCAGAUGGGCAGCGAGAAGAACAGACCCAUCUGCCAGCCAUCCUCUGGAGUACACAUCAUACUGCCAGACUACUACAGCCCUGAGAAGAUGGGCCUGUUGGACCCUGAGACUAGUGACGGGAGAGUGAUCUUCUUCCUGCCAUGGGAGAACCACACUAUCGCUGGCACCACUGAUCUGCCCUGCGAACCCACCUUCAACCCCAAGCCAUCAGAGGCAGAGAUCUCGUUCAUUCUGGAUGAAGUGAGACACUACUUGUCCCCAGACGUACAAGUGAGAAGGGGAGACGUGCGUGCGGCGUGGAGUGGAAUCCGACCUCUGGUCAAGGACCCCAGCAAGGGAGACACCCAGUCGCUGGCGAGGAACCACGUGGUCGAAGUGGACGACGCCAAUCUAGUCACCAUCGCAGGGGGCAAAUGGACUACGUACAGGGCGAUGGCCAUGCACACUGUGGAUGCGGCAGUGAAGGCGUGUGGGCUGCAGCCGAAGCUGAGUGAGAAGAGUCAGACAGACGGACUGUUUCUAGAGGGAGGGGAGGGCUGGUCGGCCAAUUUCUACAUCCGGCUCGUACAGGACUUUGGUCUGGACACUGAAGUUGCCCGUCACCUGUCAGAGACAUACGGCACGAGGUCCAUAGAGGUGGCCAAACUGGCCAAGGCCACAGGGCAGAGAUGGCCUUUAGUGGGCAGACGUCUGGUGUCCAACUUCCCCUACAUUGAGGCAGAGGUCACAUAUGCAAUGAAGGAGUACGCCGAAUCGGUCACUGAUGUCUUAGCCAGGAGGACCAGAGUCGCUUUUCUCAAUACGCAAAGUGCCCAGGAGGCCAUCCCGAUAAUAGCUGAUAUGAUGGCUAAAGAGAAGAAGUGGUCCAACGAGAGAAAGGCGACGGAAGUGAAGAAUGCACAGACGUUUGUGUAUGAGCAGAUGGGGGCCGAAGCGAGGAAGGAGUACCUGGCCAGUGUGCCUGUGAGUCUGACCUCAGAGGAGAUCAGCAAGUACUCGAAAUCAUUCAACAGCAUCGACAGGAAGAGGAAGGGAUACAUAUCACUGCAGGACCUCAGACAGUUCUUCAAGGAUCAAAAUGAAGAGAUCAGUGAGGGCACUCUGAGAGACAUUCUGAACGAUGUGGAUGCAAAUUCUAACGGACAACUGGAGCUGGAGGAGUUCCUGCAGCUGAUGAGUUGCGUAAAGCGUGGAGAUGUGCUGAGUUUGAAAGUGAUUUCUCCACUUAUCGAAAGCGUCAAGGCCAGAAAUUUACCCAACAGAGACCAGUAGAAGACCCAUAUUUCACUCAGAUUUCUCAUAAUGCGCCGAUAUAACAGCUACAAGAGGCACAACAACGAAACUUUACUAGUCUAACUAACCAUUGAAGGUCCUUAGAUUGGAGCGUAAAUAUGAAAAAUUCUACUAAUGUACUGACAAGUAUUUUUGCAAGAUUCAUUCAACAAUUUGUGCUUUUCGCCUAAAUUUGAAUUCGUACUACCAUAAUUUAGUCACAGUGGAAACCAAUCAUUAAUUGUCAAUUUUAAUUUGUAGCAUCAAUUAUUCAAAGCUCAACUUAAGUUUAACAAUGUUUUUAAUGGAGCGAUGUUUAGUAUUGCUUUGAUCACUAAUGUAAAUUUGAAGCAAUUUUAACCAAAUUUUUUAUAUUUGCUAAAAGAUGCUGGUCACAUUUUGGAAACUAAUAUCUUAGAAUAUUUUGCAUUCACUUUCACUGGCUGUUUUAUAAAUUACAAAUUAAACCAAAUUAGCGCUUCUGAAGCUAAUAAAUUAUUUUCAACUUGAAA